UUCAACUCAUUACACAGGAAGCAAAGUUGCCGUUUUAAUUAAAGAUAUUCAGUGAAAACCCGCCCCAAAGCCUUAACUCAGUGAAUCGUGGUUGGCUUCUUUUUUUCGACACACUCAUUCCCGCCUCUGCGACCCUCCCAAACAAACAACGAAGUACUACGAAAACAAAAUCUAAGACAAGUAAAACUGAACCUUUUUGCAUCUCGAUAAGUUCUCUUAUCCUUUAUCAAAAAAUUACCUUAAAGCUCUUUUGUUUCUGAGUGGGACCUUUCAGUUCAUUUCGUGAAAGUGGAGACAGCCUGGCAAGUUAGUUGACCGCGAGCAUUCGCGCGGGUGGCCGUGUUUGGGGAAAGGUGUCGCUUGUCGCUCAAAUUUACGGAAAACUUUUACGUAAGUGUAAUCUGAAGGUGAAAGUGAUAAUUUUUGAUUUUGCGAAGUGAAUAUUGAGUGUGUGCUUGUUUUGAAGGCCCCAGACCCGAUGCUGUCGUGACCUCAACCACCAUGCACCAAUGCUCGCUCUUCAUACUCACGCUCCUCUGUGUUUCAGUCAAAGAUAUAUCAGGAAGCUGGGAGGAAUGGUGGACGUACGAUGGAAUUUCUGGUCCCGGCUUCUGGGGUCUGAUCAACCCGCAGUGGAGCAUGUGCAACAAGGGCCGGCGGCAGAGCCCCGUCAAUAUAGAACCAGAUAAGCUCCUCUUCGACCCCUGGCUGAGGGAUAUACAAUUCGACAAACAUAAGGUCAGCGGGGUCCUCCAAAACACUGGCCAGUCCCUCGUGUUCCGAGUGGAGAAGGACUCAAAACAUCAGGUCAACAUUAGCGGAGGGCCGCUCUCCUACCGCUACCAGUUCGAGGAAAUAUACUUCCACUAUGGACUGGAGGAUAACCGGGGCUCGGAGCACCAAAUUGACCACCAUACAUUUCCUGGAGAGAUCCAGCUAUACGGCUUCAACAAGGAGUUGUACCACAACAUGUCCGAGGCGCAACACAAGUCGCAGGGCAUCGUGGGCAUCUCGCUCAUGGUUCAAAUCGGUGAACCGACUAAUAAAGAGCUCAGGUUAAUAACUAGUGCUUUCAACAGAGUCAAUUACAGAGGUAGCUCGGUUUCUAUCAAGCAUCUGCCGCUAAGCUCGUUGCUUCCCAACACUCAGCAGUAUCUCACCUACGAGGGGUCGACUACGCACCCCGGCUGCUGGGAGACCGCUGUGUGGAUCAUCUUUAACAAGCCCAUUUAUAUCUCCAAGCAAGAGAUGUACGCCCUCCGUCGCCUGAUGCAAGGCUCGGACAUAUCUCCAAAAGCUCCACUAGGGAAUAAUGCACGUCCCACUCAGCCACUGCACCACCGCACCGUCCGGACUAACAUCAACUUCAACAAGCAAGGCUCUCAGAUCAACAGCAACUGUCCCGACAUGUACCGGAAUAUGCAUUAUACAGCAACUCAAUGGCCUCGUGAACACAACCUUCGGUACAGGAGCGCGGAAGACCUAGCCAUGCUGCAGCCCAAUUAGAUCUUUACAUCGUUCUGAUAAAGUCCAUAUUUAGUUGAACCAAAUGUGACGUUCUUGUAAAUGAUACCAUGUUGUUGGUUACCUAUCAAA